CGUGUUUUUUCCUUCCACAGCCUCCUGCAAGGCCCCCCUCGGGAUGCAAUCCGGCAAGAUCAAGGACAGCCAGAUCUCCGCCUCCUCCUCCUACGACGUGUCCGUCACGGGGCCCUCCUCGGCCAGGUUGAACGUGGAGCGGGCCGGGGGAGCGUGGUGCCCUCGGGAGAUGGUGGGCCAAGAGGACCUGAAAGAGUACCUGGAGAUCGACCUGGAGUCGCCCCACGUCAUCUCGUUCACAGAGAGCCAAGGGCGCUUCGGCAACGGCCAGGGCGUCGAGUUCGUGGAGCAGUACAUGCUGGAGUACUGGCGCCCGGGUCAUAACACCUGGUACACCUACAAGAAGUGGAACGGCGACAAAGUAAGGUCUUCUAGGCGCCAGGCGUCUUCUGAGAGGAUUUCAUUACCAGCAUCAGUACCAUGUGCUCGGUACAGCGAGAGUACCGUCUUCAGUGGAGUGUGA